CAUAGCCACAUGAACAGAAGACAGAUAGACGGACCGGGGGCUCGCAGAGGCCCUGGGUGAAGCGGAAAACGGAACAGCGCACGACAAGAGUGCAGUUUUCAGGACCCCAGAGAAAGGAGACUAACCGCCUCGCGCCAGGAUGCAGGGUCUGAGCUCACGAGCCCACGCUUUCUCGGUGGAAGCGUUGGUCGGUAAAACGAUAAAGAGGAUGAAGAAGGAGAACGGGAAGGACUCGAGCUCACCGGGAGACACAGAGACGGAGACAAGCUCUGUUCGACAGGAGACAUACGAGCACGAUUACCCAAACGACCAGAGGAGGAAGGCUGGUAACACGCCAAGAAGGCUGGGAGAGUGCGAAUCUGAGCCGGGGAGAGAAGAAAGGACAAGGACGGGAGAUAGUGACUCUAACCCGGGUAGAGAGGAGAGAGAGGUCCUGGUGGAGCUCCAGGGUUCGGAUCUGUGGAGCAGGUUCCAUGAGAUCGGGACAGAGAUGAUUAUUACCAAAGCCGGCAGGAGGAUGUUCCCGUCCUUGCGCGUAAAGGUGCGUAACUUGGACCCGUGCCAGCAGUACUACAUCGCCAUGGACGUUUUGCCCGUCGACUCCAAACGAUACAGGUAUGUGUACCACAGCUCUCAGUGGAUGGUGGCAGGAAAUACGGACCACUCCUGCAUCGCGCCGCGCUUGUACAUGCACCCGGACUCCCCGUGCGUGGGCGAGACGUGGAUGCGUCAGGUGAUCAGCUUCGAUCGGGUCAAACUGACCAAUAACGAGAUGGAGGACAAGGGACACAUCAUUCUACAGUCAAUGCAUAAGUACAAGCCUCGCGUCCAUGUGAUCCGCCACAACCCCCAGCUGGACCUAUCAAAAAUCCCCUCGCUGCCCACUGAGGGUAUGGCCAGCUUCUCCUUCCCAGAGACAGAGUUCACCACCGUGACAGCCUAUCAGAACCAACAGAUCACCAAAUUGAAGAUUGACAGGAACCCAUUCGCUAAGGGCUUCAGAGACCCAGGACGGAAUAGGGGCGUGUUGGACGGCCUCAUGGAGUCCUAUCCCUGGAGUCUGGAGUUCAAACCAUUUACUCUACAGCUACAAGGAGCCAGACCCUACCCUUCCCCCCGACGCUACUCCCCCCUGCCGCCCCUCCUCUCGGCCCUGCCAGGGAAGAAGGCUCCAGGCUUCAGUGCUCUGUGUCUUCAGGGGGGCAUUCCUGGACAUCCUCCCAGCCUGCAGCCACACCCCCUACAGGCCCCUCCCUCUCACAGCUCCCCGCGGGGACCUGGCCCUCACUACCCUCACCGCUCCCACCCAGACCCAGCUCUCCCGUACUGUCUGUACCGCUCCAAUCUACCCAGAAACGCUCACCUCGCUGCUUUCUCAUGCCACGCCAAACUGGCUGACAGCACCACAGACUGUCUGCUACGCCAGACACCCUGGAACACCACCAUCAACCACUGCCUCUGA